UCUAUCUUUCCCUUAAAUGGUUGCCAAUUCCAAGUCCAUAAUUAUGAAGGCGGUAUCAUCAUCAUCUUCAUCAUCAUCAAUAAGCAUAGCUGAUUUGGCCUCUUGCUACUGCGCCAUCAUGCUGGCUCUCAUCUUGCUAACCACUGCCUCUUUCUCGGAUCAUGAUCACGAUCUUGAUCAGACCACCGGCGACAUGAUUACAACCGGCAGCCUCAUGCUCAACCGCCCUUGCGACGAAAUUUAUGUUGUUGGAGAAGGAGAAACUCUAAACACCAUAAGCGAUAAGUGCGGCGAUCCCUUCAUCGUCGAACAGAAUCCUCACAUCCAUGAUCCUGACGAUGUUUUCCCAGGCCUUGUCAUCAAGAUCACUCCUCAUCAUCAGGUUCCAACUCCAACCAGAUCAUCAUAGAUGGAUCCAUCCAUCAUCAACACAAUUCCAAUUA